AUGAACGCUACGCCGUGUUUGUUCAACGAGUGCGCACACCCCGCCGUGCCCGGCACGCGCAAGUGCAGCUUCCAUAAGAACCGCAUCAAGUGCCACGUCGCCAACUGCCAGAACCAAGUGUACGCGCGGCACCUCUGCGUGCGUCACGGCGGCAAGAAGCAGUGCCAGUACGAGGGCUGCGUCAUGAACGCGCGCGUCGGCAACUUUUGCUCCCGCCACGGCGCCAGUAACACGAAGAAGCAGUGCAUCGAGGAAGGCUGUACCAAGAUGGCGCACGCCAAGCAAAAGUGCGUCCGCCACGGCGGCGGUCGCAAGUGCCGCGUCGAAAGCUGCAAGGCGCACGCGCGCACGGGCGGCUACUGCUGCCGCCACACCAAGCAGGUUGAGUCGAGCACGAAGAAGGAGCGGUCGCCGAUCCCGCUGCCCGUGCUCUAUGGCGUCCUUCCGCCGCUUGGCCAGUCGCUCGCGGCCGCGUCCAGCUCGAUGGUCCAGCACGAUUACGACCGCCCGUACUUGCCGCCCUCGGCGUGGCACGAGGCGUCGCACCUCCCGCCGUCGGCGCCGCUGCCGUCGCUGAACUCGUUCUUGCCGCCCCUCCGGUGCUUGGCCGCCCUCGCCGAAGCCAGCGCGCCCGCGCCCCGUCUCGAAGUCAAGCCGAAGAGUGCCACGAGCAGCAACACAAAUGCGACCCGCAGCGAGUAUGCGGCGCGCAGCGACUUGGCCGCCAAGGCAGAGUACGCGCAAGGCUUUACUGCGUACGAGCAGCCGCCGCGGCCUCUCUCGCCAGCGUAA